UUGGUGGUCGUGGUUGUGGUCGUGGCAUGACAGCCGAGCACUCGGACAGUUAACAGAUAGAUAAUUGGACUGCACAACAGAUCAGUAUCCCUCUCUGUCUCUCUGUCUCGCCCUGCACCCCUGCUUCUAUUUUUAAACUCUCUCAUUGCACACUCGUUUGUCCGAUCCAAGCUCAAUCCCAGAUGGAACCUAAUCAUCCUUGUUCCUGAUUACUUCUUCCAAACCUAAUCGAAUCUCUUCCCGAAAUAAACUCAUCUAACAGCUAGGCUAGAGCCUAAAUUCUUACAUCACCAGUUGUAUCCAUUUUUAUUUUUGAAGUUUCUCUCUUUGCAGCGAUCAUUUCUCUCUCGGACAUUUUAUCAAACUGAUAAUACACACUAGGCUCCGAUUUGCAGAGCGAUUGUGAUAUAUAGGUGUGGGGGGUGCGUGGUUCUGUGUUUCUGAGAGAGAAAAAUGAGUUUCAGGGAUGAGAGCGACGAUGGGAAGGAUCUUAGGAAGCCGUUCCUGCACACUGGUAGCUGGUACCGUAUGGGGUCGAGGCAGUCCAGUAUGUUGGGCUCAUCCCAGGUCAUUCGUGACAGCUCCAUCUCUGUCGUCGCCUGUGUUUUGAUCGUCGCUUUGGGCCCAAUCCAGUUCGGUUUCACUUCUGGGUAUUCAUCCCCUACGCAAUCAGCAAUCACUGAGGAUCUUGGACUUACGGUUUCGGAGUUUUCUAUAUUCGGCUCUCUGUCCAAUGUGGGAGCAAUGGUUGGGGCAAUAGCAAGCGGUCAGAUUGCAGAGUAUAUUGGGCGAAAAGGGUCUCUAAUGAUUGCCGCUAUUCCUAAUAUUAUCGGGUGGCUUGCCAUAUCAUUUGCGAGAGAUGCUUCAUUUCUCUACAUGGGAAGGCUGCUGGAAGGAUUUGGUGUAGGAAUAAUAUCUUAUACGGUCCCCGUAUACAUAGCUGAGAUAGCACCUCAAAACUUGAGGGGGGCUCUGGGUUCAGUGAACCAGCUCUCAGUCACCAUUGGAAUAAUGCUGGCUUAUCUGCUGGGACUUUUCGUCCAAUGGAGAAUACUAGCAGUUUUGGGUAUACUGCCAUGUACAAUAUUAAUACCUGGUCUUUUUUUCAUCCCAGAAUCCCCUAGAUGGCUGGCAAAAAUGGGUAUGACAGAAGAAUUUGAAACUUCUUUGCAAGUUCUCCGUGGCUUUGAUACUGAUAUUUCCAGUGAAGUAAAUGACAUCAAGAGAUCUGUAGCAUCAACGAGUAGAAGGUCCACUAUCCGGUUUGCAGAACUCAAACAAAGAAGAUAUUGGCUUCCUCUGAUGAUUGGAAUUGGAUUACUUCUUCUGCAACAGCUUAGUGGAAUCAAUGGUGUCCUGUUCUAUUCCAGUACCAUCUUUCAAUCUGCUGGGGUUACAUCAAGCAAUGUGGCUACGUUUGGACUUGGUGCCGUUCAGGUCAUUGCCACUGGAGUGACUACAUGGUUGGUGGACAAAUCAGGCCGUCGGCUUCUUCUUAUUGUUUCUUCCUCUGGAAUGACCAUUAGCCUCCUAAUUGUUGCAGUGUCAUUCUUUGUGAGGGAUUUCGUGUCGUCUGAUUCUACUUUAUACAAUGUAAUGAGCAUCACGUCAGUGGUUGGAGUUGUGGCAAUGGUAGUUACCUUCUCUCUGGGAGUUGGAGCCAUUCCGUGGCUUAUAAUGUCAGAGAUCCUUCCAGUCAAUAUUAAGGGCCUUGCUGGUAGUGUAGCAACACUUGGCAACUGGUUCAUGGCCUGGGUGGUUACGUUGACUGCAAACAUGCUCUUAGAAUGGAGUGGUGCAGCAACCUUCACCAUUUACAUGUUCUUGUGUGCUUUCACUGUGGCAUUUGUUGUCGUUUGGGUCCCUGAAACCAAAGGGAGAACUCUGGAAGAAAUUCAAUCGUCCUUCAGAUAAGAUUUUUCUUUUGUUUUUGUUCUCUCUUCCCUCUUUGUUAGAAGAAGCAAAUCACUGCCAUUCUGAUUUUGCAAUGCCCCCCCACAGAUUCUGUGAAAUGCAAACUUGUAUAAUGUAUAUCCUUCCAUUAUUACUAUUAUCGUUGUUGCUGCUGCAUAAACACAGCUUUUUCAGCAAGAACUGUUCCUUGGCUUGUAUUGCUGCUAGCAUGCAACCUGCCUCCAUAAUUUCCGCUGUAUCUGUGUUCAACA